UCGUCAGUUUCCCGCCAAACAAGAGUCUCGAGUGCUCGUGGGCGGACGAGCGCUGUCUUUACUCGUACUUAUUUGCCUGUUUUUGUGAGUGAUUUGCUGUGUAGCGGUGUCCUACGGAUCCAGAGUGGCGGUUAAGUUGUUCCCCGAGGAUGACGAUGUUUCCUAGAGUAGGAGAGAAGCGGAGGAUCGACGACAUCGGCUUGGAGGACGAGGAAGCCAUCGGGGGCUUGUGCAGGUUGAGCGGGCGGCCGGUGUCCCCAAAGACGGCCAUGGAGCAGGAAAAGCGCAUUCGGCGGGAGAUCGCUAACAGCAAUGAGCGGCGACGUAUGCAGAGUAUCAAUGCAGGCUUCGCUUCCCUCAAGACGCUCCUGCCGCAUCAUGAGGGGGAGAAGCUGAGCAAGGCGGCCAUCCUGCAGCAAACAGCAGAGUACAUUUACCAGCUGGAGCAGGAGAAGACGCGACUUCUCUCCCAGAACUGUCAGUUGAAGCGGCUCCUAAACCACCAGCAGCACCAUGCUGAUGCUGAAGGAAGUCCAGCAGGAGGAGAGAGUCCCUGUGAUGAUGGAAGUAGUGGUGGUGAGGUUGUGGUUAGCACCCAGGUGGAUGGAGGCGGUGGAUCAGAGGACCUGCGGCGAGAGAUGAUCGAGUUGAGGGUUCAGCUAGACCGUGAGCGGCGCCAUCGCAUGUCUCUGGAGGAACACAUUCGUUCUCUGGAGGCCCCUGGGAUAGGCUUCCCUGAACGCAUCAAGGAAACAUCAUCUCAUUCCACUUCUAAGGUGGAAUUGCGGGAACCUAAAGUUGAGCCAGUGGUAGCACCUGUAACAGUGCCUGGCCAGGUGACCAGUGUGGUAGAAGUAACCACCACCCCACGAGCUCCCCUUACUACUACCUCCAUCAAGGCGGAGCCACUUAGCCCUUCCACUAACCUCCAGAUCAUUCCUUCAACACCUGCUACUGCUGUAGCACCCACCACCACCACCACCUCUGCAGUGGCUCCCCAGGCUGCUGUCACCACCACCACCACAACCACGGCAGUCAUAGGCCAGCCAUCACUACGGCAGGCUGUCCUGAGCCGGCAGUCACUGAACCCUAGUGGGCAUGGCAACCAGAUCCCGACCACUGUGGUGUCUGCAAGCCCAGCAACCACCAUUGUCACUGUUGUCCCCUCAGCCAAGGGUGGUAUUGAUGCACUUCCAUCAGUGUUUGAGGCCCUAACAGCUCCUGGAAGGAUUGGUGGCGCCAAGGUAGAGGUGGAACCAGCUCCACGCGUUCCCUCCCCAGAGACUACCAUUGAAUAUGUGGAUGAUGCCAAAAACCACACUGUGUAUAUUGUCAAUUCUACUAAUGCCGCCUGCCAGAAGUCUUUGGACACCAUUUGUGAAGCCAUCCGACACCUGGAGGGUGACCACAUGUUCCAGACAGAGGAGCAACACCCACGCCUGGAGGAGGAAAUCAUUACUGAUGAGACACUUACCAUUGAGGACCAUGUUGGGGAGCAGGUAACCCUGGCAGAGGAGGAGCCCAUUACCCUGCACAUGGUAGGAGAGCCACAGGAGGUGCCUCUAGAGCUGACCACCACUCAUCGCCCUAACACUCCACACUCCCGGUUGGCACCCCAUCAAGCAGCCACCAUUAGCCUCAAUUCAGGCACUGGAGGCCGCUUAGUGUCACACCCUGGCACCCGGCUUCCCCAGGCAUCCCCAACUGUAGAGGCUGUGCCAGUGUGCAGCAUCUCUACCACCACUUCCUCACCCUCCUCUACCUUACUACAACCUUCCAGACCGGGGGUCAUCGUAGUGAAGCAUCCCUAAAAUUCUUCUGACCUUCUGGGCAGGUUGACUGUGUUAAUAUGUUAAGGCAAGUAAGUUAAGCUGUUCUGACCAGUGGUGUUUUCCCACCCACAGCCAUGGGUGGUGUUCCUGACUGGCUGAAAUUGUAAAAUUGUGCAGUGACCAGCAGGGCCGGUUCUGCCACUGUUGUGAUGCUAUCUGUGCACGGCCAUAGAGGAGAAACCCCGAAUUGUAAAGCUUGUACAUAGUGUCUUUGGUGUAUAAAGUGUAGAAUAAGAACCCAGGAGAUGUGACAGCUCACUCUGCAUAUCAAGAGUGACUGGCAGCAUCCCAGGUGUCACCGUCAGCUUGGUUGCUACUCUGCUUGGAGGAAACUUAUUGCCACAUUUAUAUGUAGUCUCUGGGCAGGGCUUUGGUUUCACUGGUCCCACAGGCAGCAUGGCAUGGGAAGCCUAGGCAUUCAGCUCUUGUGCAUCUAUUUGAUUUAUUUUUGAUUGGAAGGAACUAAUUAUUUUAUGAUAAUGGAAAUAUAGUUAUUUUAUUGGUAUGAUUGUCUAGCACAAAACUGCUACUCUGAAAGUGUGAAUUGAAAGUCUGUAGGAUCAGUUUUUUUAACAGUGAUCUGUUCAAGGAUCAAUUUUCAUAACAAACAUUGUCACAAAUUAUUUAAGGUCAAAUAUGCUAAACAAUAUAGAAUGUCUUAAUGCAACACAAGAUCCAUAUUGAUAUAACAGUUCCAAAUCCAUGAUGUUGGGAUACUUAUGAGUUAAAGUAAAUUCAUAUCUUACAUCAAGGGAGCAGCAGCUAGUUGUCUGCAUGAAAGGACUGGGAGGUCUGCAGGGUUGGGGGCAUCUUUGUCUUCUGUUCAUCUAUACCUGCUUACAACAGACAUAAAUUGACAGUUGUUUUUAUUAGUUGAAAUAGAUGAAAUUACAUGAUUGCUCAUUACACUUGUGCAUUAUGUAUUAAGAUUUACAUAUAUAUAUAUAUAUAUAUAUAUAUAUAUAUAUAUAUAUAUAUAUAUAUAUAUAUAUAUAUAUAUAUAUAUAUAUAAAUGUGAAUUCUGCACAAAAAAGAAUUGGUGCUCAAAGCAAAGCCCUCCAUGCAGGAACUGUCCAUUUAGUGUAUUGAUUUUGCAAGUUACUUAUCAGGCAGAAGACAAGGAACACUGCACAUAAAGUAUACAUGUGUGUAUGUAUGCAUAUUGCCUGUGGGUGUGUAGCAUGUAUGUGUAUGUGCACAUAGUAAGUUGUAUAUAGAUUGGAAUGGUGGGAGGGCAGCGGUGCAGCACACGAGUGGCAGGUGUUCCCUGCACCACCGCUCACACAACUGUUGGCAGGAUUGUUUAACAUUUGAAGUUCAUUCAUUAAGAACUCUAUUUUGUUGAAAUAGUCACAGCCAAAAAUAUCGGUUUUCAAAAGAAUACAAGAUUGUUUUAUGAUGGAAGUUGGUUAUUUCUACAUAUUUAUCACGUUUAAAAAUACAGCAUUCUGUAAAAUACAGGAAAUUAUAUAGUGCAUAUAUUUAAGUAAUUUCUUUUCUCAGAAUGAGGAAUGGACAUUAUUAGGUGUUACAUUAUAAGUAUAUCACAGUGAUUAAUACACUGUGGUGCCAGUGUGACUGUCUACAAGAUUCCCAAUGAAAAGUGAAUCAAGAAUUCUUGUGUACUUUCAACAAUGUAAACUUUGUUGUAGUUCUGUACUCGGUGUGCUCCUGCUGGCAGCUUGCGUGAGCCAGAAGGUGCUGUGCUUUAAGGAAACUAAAUUGAUUGACAUUAAAACUGUACACUUAAUCUCUUUAUUCUAUUAUCAUGGUAGGGCAAGUGUGUGUGUGUGUGUGUGUGUGUGUGUGUGUGUGUGUGUGUGUGACAGCACAGGGGGCCACCUAGUGUUCCCAGAAUGCUGCUGUCUUUACUUGUAGGUAACAUGAGACUGGUAGCUUUAUUUUAAAUCUGGUGUAAAGGAAUAAGUUAAGUGCUGUGUAGUGUUGCAGUACAAGAUAAUGAAGGGUUAUGAAAUACCACAUAAAUACCAAGAACUUUUUGGGAAAAAGAUGCAGAAUUGAAGCCUAAAUUCUUUAAUGGUAGUUGUGUAGCAAGGGUCAUCCCCCUCCCCUCCCCUAUGUGUAUGCCUUCAGGGGCUGGGUUUAUAUGUAAUGAAGUUUUAUUUCUUAGCCUUUCCGUCUUGACAGUGUCCUAACUGGAAGGCUUCAGCAUUUGCUCAAGUAGGGUACUUUUGGACCAGUUCUGUUUUGGUAUAGGGGAUAACUUCGUCUGGUGAGGGAGAUUCAUAGCGAGGACGUAGUGGGGGAAAUAGUCUUUAUUCUAUUGAGAAUACACAAUAGUUAGGAAUUGUCUCAUGCUUAAACUCUUGCCAAAUUCUGAUCCUGUUUAUGACUAUUAUCUCUUGUCCCAGAAGAAAAUGGCUCACCUCACACUCCAUGGUAUAUUGAGGCAAGCAGUUGACAAGGCAUGUAUGAGCAGGGAAGUUUUGUAGUGUAAAUUAUUUGGAGCUCCAGAACUUAGCAGUCAUGUCAAAAGUUGUACAUUUUCCACAAGGAUCUGAGAUACACAUGCCAACAACCUCCUGCUCUUGUGUUGUCAACUGCUUGAUAUGGCUUUCAUAUUUUCUUAUUCUCAUUGAGGGUUUGUAAUUACUGUUUGUUACAAUUUCACUGUGAACCUAAUUACUUAAAUGCAGAUUCAUGUGUAAGUAUUAUUGGUGUACCAAGAAAAUGUUAAAAGGUUUUUCUGAAAUUUAGGCUCUGAGUGCAGUGAGUGAGGGCCAAGAUUGUUUUCCAGUGUUAGCAUUGAUAGGACUCAUGUGCACGUGAGAGUAUUUGAGCCGGUGAGACCAAUAAGGAAGAAUCCCUGGAGCUGGUACAGAUCUUAUUGGGUGUGUACAUUAGAUUCUUAUUGAAAAGUGUUGAGUUGGCAGUGAUCUUUGUGAAGUUCAAAGUUUAUGUUACACACCUCAUGUGAAAUUGAAAUACCAAUCGUUAUUUUUGUUUAUUUUUCUUGUAGUUUUCCAAGCCAGGUAAAGCAGGGCUUUUACAUGUGUGCCAAUUGAAUCUCAGAAGAAUAGAGAUAACUUGUCAUUUUCAGACAUAGUGGUUGGUCACUGCCAACUCUAACCAUUCUACGUCAAUUAGAAAAUUUGCACCCAAGUGCAAGAUGUUUGAAAGUACAAAUAUUUAUUACAAGCCUCUCGAGUUAUGACGUAUUGCAUUCCAGUUGGGCGUCAACAUUUUCUUCUGAAAAGCUGAAAACUGCCAGUAAAUUGUAAGGAGUUCAAUAAUUUCUUGACAUCAAAUAACAGUUUUGAAUCUAAGUUGUGGAGAGGAUGCUGAGGCCCAAUGGAAUGAGGCGCUGAAGGUCCUAUACUCUCACUGUCAUGUGCAGGAACCUGUGUGUACCCAAGGUGUUGUGCCACACUGGUGGGAGAGGACAGUCUGCACGCCAGUGUCACCUGUUUUCUGGUGCCAGCGUUUUUUCACACUUCCAGAUCUGCUGGCAGAUAAUUUUCUGCAUGGCUGCUUGGCAUACUUGUUAUCCACUUUAAACAUAUUUACAUCUGAAAUUGUUAGUCAAAUUGCAUCAUUGUUACUUUCCCACUGCCAUUUCAGAAUUUAGUGGACAUGAUUCUUGAAGGGAAGCCAUUAACUGUUUUCAUACAAGAAAACAUUAAAGAUGUAGAUGAGGAUAACAAGUUGCCCAGUUGGUGCAGCAUGUAGACUGUAAGACUGUAUACAAGCAGAUGUGGGACUAUGUGAUGUGGCACAGGAAUUGUUAGUUGCACACCAGCCAGAUGUGUGCAGUGGCCAAGGGAAGCCACAGAUUUUAAAUUUCACAAUUGUACAAUAAUUGUUGCAACAGCCAGACUCACUUUGGACACUGCUGAGGGUGCCCCUGACUACUACUUUAGGGUACUGUCAUUUCUUGUCUUUAUAAGCUGUUGUGGAUCAAGUCAGGCUGUUGCAAUGAUAACCCAAGAAAAGCUUUGUUAUUUGCCACCAUGUACAUCUGCAGGCUGACUUCUUAAAACCAAAGAUUUGUACUUUCUGUUACCCUGUCAGUUUUGUAAUGUCGGUAAUUUACAUUUGUUUAAGUUUUUGAACCUCGCAAAAAAAAAGAAAAUAAAAAAAAACUCCACACCUUUACAUUUUCUAGCAGGUGUCUGCUUUCAAUUUUUUUUACUUUCAUUUCCUUAUAAAUAUAUAACUGGAGAUAGAAUAUGAAAAAUCUCUCCUCUCUUGUUUAUAUAGAAUAUGAAAAAAAAAAUCUCAUCUUC